AUGCUGAGAGGCCUGAAGAGUCACGGAACAUCACCUGUGGUGCGUUGUGUUGCCUUCCUGGCCAAUAUCACGUCCGUUAAUGCAGAUUGCUGCCUUCUGCCUAUUAGGUUUGAUUCCCGUGACGCCCAGGACUUCGGCCGCAUAGAAACGUGCCCGCACACAUUCCAUUUCACUUGCAUUAAGAAAUGGUCUGCUCUAGAGACGACAUGCCCGCAGUGCAAGGCAGUCUUCAGUCGUAUCGAGCGUGUUAAGGCAGCGACGGGCGAAGUCGUCGAAACGAUCGAAUGUGAGUCACUAUUCCUGUGGGACCACUCCGACGCCGAGGGCGGCAGCGACACCGGCGGUUCCCCUGACGACGCUGAGAGGUCUCAGCAAUCGUCAUCCAGUGGCGCCCCCGAAGGCAAAAGCAAGACUCUGCGCCUACUCGCCCCAGACCAGCUGCAGGAGGCUCGCCAGCCUAAGAGUACGUUACAGUGGUAUUUUACCGUAACGGUGAACGCAGAGCGUAAGAAACCAGUCAAGAUCGAAGAGGCUGUCGCUUUGACCGAGCGCCAUCUGAAACGCACGGCUAUGAACGACGUAUGCUACGCACCCCCGGCCGUGACGUACGAGGCCAAGCCAAUCCCCGUGCUGCGUCGUGACAGCGAGUUCAAGCUGCAACCCGUGUACCAAGAAGACUUUAUCGCUAAAUAA